AUGGGGAGGCCAAGGUGCUUCUUGGACAUAAGCAUAGGCGGAGAGUUGGAAGGGAGGAUCGUGGUGGAACUUUACAGCGACGUCGUCCCCAAAACCGCUGAGAACUUCAGAGCUCUCUGCACUGGCGAGAAAGGCAUUGCUCCCAACACUGGGCUACCCCUCCAUUACAAGGGGUGUUGCUUCCAUCGGAUUGUUAGAAGCUUUAUGAUCCAAGGAGGAGACAUAUCUGCUGGAGAUGGUACUGGUGGAGAAUCUAUAUACGGGAUGAAGUUUGAAGACGAGAAUUUUGAGUUGAAGCAUGAAAGGAAAGGGAUGUUAUCAAUGGCAAAUUCUGGCCCUAACACCAACGGGUCUCAGUUUCUUAUUACCACUACUCGAGCUGCUCAUCUUGAUGGUAAGCAUGUGGUGUUUGGGAAGAUAGUAAAGGGAAUGGGGGUAGUCCGUUCAAUGGAGCUUGUUACUACUGGUGAUGAAGGUCGCCCCAUUAUUGAUGUUAAAAUUGUGGACUGUGGAGAAAUUCCUCAGGGAGCAGAUGAUGGAAUAUCUAACUUUUUCAAAGAUGGUGAUGCUUAUCCUGAUUGGCCGGCAGACCUCGAUGAAAGCCCUAAUGAUCUCCAUUGGUGGAUGAAUGCUGUUGAUUCCAUUAAAAAUUUUGGUAACGACUACUUCAAGAAACAAGAUUUUAAAAUGGCUUUAAGGAAGUAUCGGAAGGCUCUACGCUACCUUGAUCUUUGCUGGGAGAAAGGAGUCGAUGCUGACAAGAGUUCAAGCUUGAGAAAAACGAAGUCUCAGAUUUUUUCAAACUGCUCUGCUUGUAAAUUGAAGUUAGGGGAUCUCAAAGGAGCAUUAUUAGACACAGAAUUUGCAAUGCGCGAAGCAGGCAAUAAUGUCAAAGCUUUGUUUCGCCAAGGGCAGGCAUACAUGGCGCUCCGUGACAUUGAUUCUGCGGUUGAAAGCUUCAAAAAUGCACUAACCUUGGAGCCAAAUGAUGCUGGAAUCAAAAAGGAGCUUGCUGCUGCCAGGAGGAUGGUGAGGAUUGCUGAUAGACACGAUCGGGAAAAGGAUGCAUGCAAAAAAAUGUUUCAAUAACAUUUCUGCUCAAUGUUUUCAGCAGAGGAGAACAACCUGACCACCGAGCAAGUACAGUAUAAAAUUUUGAGUCCAUUGUUGCAGAGUUAGUGCGAAUGAAGCUCAGAAUAUCAAAGGAGAAAGUGUUUUUUUUUUCCUUUUUAAUGACAGUAAUAGCCAAACCUUUUUUUCCCCCCGUUUUCCCCCUCUUUCUCUUAUAUGAAGUCGGUAAAAUGACUCCUCUAAACAGUUUCCUUGUGGUCC